AUGUCUGCCCUCAGUUCCGAGAAAGAAUCACCAACAGAUAAGCCUCGACAACAAAGCGUGGACCAACAGGCGGAAGACGGGGAAAUCAGCGAUCAUGACACUUCGCCCUCCGAAUCCGCAUUUCCAGAACCGGAGAAGACAGAUGUAGUCAACCCUCCCCUUCCAGCCGUGGAACCGCCUCCACCGCUGCCGAACGAGGCACCGCCUGCGGAACCCGUCGAUGACGGAUGGGAACCCAUAUGGGAUGACCGCGCUCAAGCAUUCUAUUUUUUCAACCGUUUCACCAACAAGUCGCAGUGGGAAAAUCCAAGAGUACCCGAUGCACAACCCACAGUUUCACCUGGAAUUGGAAACCACGAGAGAAUAGCAAGCCCUGCAGACGCGGCCCCUGCAAGGCGAGCUGGUGGCUAUGAUCCCGCUAUUCACGGCGACUAUGAUCCUAAUGCGGAUUACGCAAAAACAUACGAGGACCCAAUGGGUUCGGACGCAGUUGGCGGCGCCCCUGUCGCGGAUGCAAGCGAGAUCUACGCUGCGACUGGCACUUUCAACCGAUUCACCGGUAAAUGGCAACGCGCCGAGCUCAAUCCAGAGAAAUUCAGUGAUGAGCAAAAGAGCAAACGGCAAAUGAACGCGUUUUUCGAUGUGGAUGCUGCCGCGAAUUCCCACGAAGGCCGAAGCCUCCGAGCAGAGAGGGCGAGUAAGAAGCUGAGCAAGGCAGAGCUGAAAGCGUUCAAGGAGAAGCGGAGAGAAAAGAAGGAAGAGAAACGGCGCGCGUGGUUACGAGAUUGA